AUGCAUAACAUUAGGAGGAAGGUGGAAGAUGGACGAGCCUACUUGGAAAAAGUUGAAAGGAGUCUUGUACCCACCAACAAGCUACCUCAGCAGGAUUCCGGUGAGACAGACGAGAACGGAGUCACCGUCGAACAGCAGAUGAGGGAGGCACUGCAGGCCAAGCUACAGAAGUUAAAAGAAGUUACUGGUGCUAAAGACGAGGAAGAUAUCAUAGAAAAACUGAAGUCGCAAAGAAUGACGAAAGAGAGAUUACUCAAUUUAAAGCAAAGCAUCGAAAAUGAAAAGAAGAAACUGGAAUUAAAGAAAGAACAACUAGAGGCCGAACUCGAAGCCGUGAAGUUUUCUGAAGUCAAAGAAAAAGAACAGAAUGAAGAAGAAUACGAGAGGAACGAGAGAGCUCUUAAAGAAGCAUUAGAAGAGAUGGAAGAAGCGAGGAAGAAAUACACCAAAGAGAAACUACAACUCGGAGAUCUCAAAGAACAAGUAAAGGAACUGUGUGUCAGUCUACAGCCUGUAAAUGAAGAGAAACUGCCAGACAGCGAUGAUGACGUUUUCCUAGAUGAAGAGGACAAUACUUACUUGGACGAUCUCAUCAAAGUGACAAAGUCCAAGUUCAACCAAAUGAUCCAGACAAUGGAAGAACUUGAAUUGCAAUUCGCUAUUGAAGAGCCGCUAUCAAGCUUAUAUCUGGAUACGGGACUGAUGGAGGAGGUGGUGGAAGGGAGGAAGAGUGAAGACAAGGAAGGAGAAAAAACAGCUGAAGACUUACCAGAUGUGCCAUCGAGGGAGCACAUUAAAAGACACUCGCAGGUGAUGGCUGAAGCUCAAGGCAAGCGGAAGGGGUAUCCCAAAUAGAGGAUGACUUCAGGCAUAUAUUCUUCCAAAUGACAUCCUACAUAGCUUUCGGUGGUAAAGAAACUGUUAAUUAUAUUGAUAACAGCUCAAACAUUGUACACUUUUGUAAUAACUUUACAACAAAAUAAAAUGUCAGAAUUCAUUGAUAAAAG